AUGCCUGCCGUCCAGGCCACUCUCGAGUACCUCCAAAAGCUGCCUCUUUAUGAGGAGGAGAAGCCUUACUGGUGCUUCCUUCCUCCCCAUGAAGGUUUUGAUCCCGAUGCACUACGAGUGGAUAAUCUAGAGUUCGAAAACCACUUGGAUAUCAAAAUUGAAGAUAUACGGGAACUCGGCCGGGAAGUUACAAUCGACAAUUACGGAUUUGAAGUCUUGCAGCACCAAAGCGAGUUUGCCCGCUUCGACCGAGCGCGUGACGUCGAACAAUACAGAGAGGAAACAGAAGCUCUUUUAGAAGAAAAAAUGGGUGCUGUACACGUAAAAUGCUACGACUCUCGGCUGCGAAAGAAUAUCACGUUCGUCCGCAAUGCGUUAGACCUCAAUGAUCUUUUGCUUACAGAAGGGCCGGCUCGCGGGGCUCACAAUGAUAUCACUUACGAGUCUGGUCCUAUAGUCAUUAAUCGAUAUCUAUCGACUGAUGCCAAACGGAAAUUUCUGAGGCCUGGUUAUCGUAUCCGCAUCGUAAACACAUGGAGGACACUUAAUCCUUUGCUUGAAGAUCGCCCCCUCGCCUUGUGUGACAGUCGCUCAGUCGACCCCGAGGAUCUGGUUGCUGCAGAUCGAAUUAUCCCCAACGCGGUUGGAGAGGUAUAUUAUCUUACCUAUAACCCAAAUCACCGAUGGUUCUGGUUGGAGAAGCAGACCCCGUCGGAGCCUCUGGCGUUCGUUAUGUACGACACCAAGGCAGGUAGUCAUGCCAGAUUCUGUCCACAUGUGUCUUUCGUCAACCCGAACGCUUCUCAAGGAGCUGCACCACGGGAAUCGAUUGAGACACGUUCAAUUGUAAUCACGAAAGAAUGA